CUAGCUGGUGCACGUUGUACACAAUCGCUGCAUCCGAGCGCCUGGCCUUUCUAUAUCAUCCAGGAGAAACGAAGAAUAAGGGAUUCGAUCAUACUCAUCGCUCAACAUGUCCUCCGGCUGGGACACAUUUACCGACGUUGCACAGUUAGGAGCUAACUUCACCACCAUUGCUGGUGGACUCGGGAAGCCGCUUCUCUGUCUAGGCAAGAUUACUGGGUCUUUGACACCGUUUGGAGCUCUCGUGGAAGCCGACGCAAAACAGAAGAAGACGGAGAAACUGCUCUACGACAUGAAAGACAUCAUGGACAUACACACUCAUGACAAGCUGCAGAGCGACUUCGAGGAACUGUUCGUUACCAGAGAGCGGAUGAAUCUUAGCUGGCGGCAAGACCCCAAGCAGCUCAAAAUGUUGUUCAAUGCGAUGUACGCGUUCAGAAAGCUAGCGGUUCAGUUGUAUAAGGAAACUAAGAGAUCGUCCCAACUCGCGAGGAAAGCACACAUGCGAGAUGUGAAGGAAACCAGGAAACGGAACACAAAUGGAUCUGGACCUCCGGACGCUGGACGAACCCCCAAUGGUAACCAUCAUUUGCAGCCUGUGUAUCAUAUCAUCUGACUGCUCUCGGCAGGAACGUCUCGUGAGACUCGCCACGAAUUGCCGUCAGAUUCCAACGCAGGAAGGCCUGCGGAUCAAAGCAACAUCCCGAGAACGCCGCUCGAGGCAACCAAUGUCCCAAUUCAACUGCAUGUUUACCUCGCAACGCCCGACGAGAACCCAUUCCGUGAUCGGCCAGCGAUUG